ACGGCGGAAGUGCGGGCGGAGCUGCGCGGUGAUCGGCACGCAGUGCACAGCUGAUCGGUGACUCCGACGGAUGGUAGCCGUUCGGCUUAUCUCUUAAAGGGGAAACCGCGGGAGCGAAAAGCGAUUGGAAGCGACGAAACGAGAGAGAAGAAGAAUAAAGCGACGCGAGAGAAGGUCGGAAGGCAGAACGACACGGAACGCAGAAGUUGCCGGGACGGUUCGACGGGCGUGUAAUCGCGUUCGCGAGCACAGUGACAGGUGAGAGCACCGCGAGGCGUGCGAAAUCGCGCCGCUGAUCCCUUCCUUCCUUCGAGAGGACGAAGCCGUCGGUUCCUCCCCACGACGAGAGUGAGGAGGAAGAGAGGCGCAACAACGUCGCCACAGCCUGCCGCUCGUCGGACGUCUCCGAUGGUUGCCGUCCGGUAGGCCCUGCCAGGAGGAUGGGGGCCCACGAUGGGGGAGUGCCACUGCUCUAACAUCACUAUCAUGCAGCUGUUCCACGAGCUGAAGCAGCAGUUCCCCGCGCUCCCUGAUCACGUCGUCUCCCAGUGCAUGUUGCAGAACAGUCACGACCGGGAGACAUGCGCGAGAAGCCUGCGGGCCACCCAGGAGUCCCGUCCGUCGCCGGGCGCGUUUCCACCCCCGGCCCCCUGUACCGGGGUACAACCGCCUCCGCCGCAACCGCAGCCGCAGCAACCGCAGACGCCACAACGAGAGCAGCAACAACUCGUGUCGCAACAACGUUGCUGCGCGAUGAAUCAAAUGGCGAACAACGUCGUCGCCGGGCGUCCCCAUCGACCGGCGUCGUUGGACAUCGGUAUGACCCGUCGCUACCCUCCCGUAGGCUGCACCCGCAGCACCGCCGCCGCGGCCGUCGCUGUCGCAGUCGCGACGCCGGCGUCGUCCAGCGGCGUCGCCACCCCCUCGUCCGCGCCGGCCGCCUGCACGUCGCGCGGCUUCUUCGACGACGGUUGCAACAGCAGCAACAACGGCAACAACGUGCCGCCCGGCUUCGAGCUUAAUGUCAACGUCGCCUGCAGCCCCGCGGGCAAUCGCGAUUUUCGAGCGGCAUCGACAAUCGGUGCCUGUAAACGAAGCGACCUCGUCGUCGUGCCACGACCUCAUUACGCCGAACCUCUGCUGGCCAUCGGAAAGCCCGAGACGCAGAUCGAUCACACGCGAAGUUAUACCUCGGUUAGCCUGACCCUCCGACCACCCUCUUCCGAGCCGCAACCCCCGAUCGAUAUCAGGUCGGAAGGAUCAAGCCUGACGUACUCGACUUCGUCCUUGGAUCCGCGCGGCUUUCAAAGCCGCCUACAGAUCAGCAUCGGUCCUGGAAACGUUGGUAGCGUGGCGGCGGCGAGAAUCAGACCGCCGAUGUCCAAGUCCUAUGUAUUACCGCCGUGGACUCAAACAAGUCCGCUGCGGUCGCCUGAACUUCCGCCAGAAGCGCCGAGCCAACUGCCAAGGCCCACGACGGAUGGCGCGCCGACUACAUCCUCCGUGUCACCGACGACGAAUAUCGUCCCAGGUUGCAGCCUGCCGCCGACGCCGUCCGGGCCUACAGCGGGCAGCGAUGUCGCGCUUCCCGCCGUCACCACCUCUUCCUCUUCCGCAAUCGGGGAUCAUGCGGUCUCCGAUCGGAAUCGAUCUGAGCCGUUGUGCCAAGUGGAGGAACACCAAAAGAAAUUGGUUGCGGAACAAUUGGCCAGGAAGGAAAGGCUCGCUAAGGAACUGAGAGUUGAGAAGGGACGACUCGAAGCGAUGAAAAAGGAAGUACUAGCAUUAGCCCGACCAGUGAAUCCUUCGAUAUCACCUCAAGAGCUGAAGAAAAAGUUGAGAAGCGAAAUAUAUAUGCUGCAGGUCGAGUGCGACAGAUUGGCCGAUGAAGUGGAUCAAUGGUCAGACAGACGAGUACCAUUGGGCGAAACCAACGAGGAGUUUUAUCAGGGCAUUUAUACCGGCCAGUCGUUGCCGACGAGACCGAUGAAUCCGCAACCGCCACGUCUGCCGAGUCAAUUACCGGCAUGGCGACCAGAACAGCCGACGACAACGAUCGCGAGUGAUAACGACCGAGAGGAACGGGAUGAACCUUCCUGGGUCUGCACUAUGUGCACCUUCGACAAUCAUCCAUUAAUGAACAAGUGUGAGGAGUGCGAUAUGCCGAGACUGUUGGACCACCGCGGCGGCAGUGCAGGGGAAACGCAAGAUAUUCAUAUACGAGUAACGCAUCAUCACAAUUUUUCGCCACGGCACAUAAUGCACAGUUGGGUGGUAUGAUGCGAGCUGAAUUAGAAGUUUUUAAAGAACUGUACAUAUAUAUAAAAAUUCUUAUUUAAAUUAAACGAAUUUUGUAGAGCUUAAGCGAUUGUAAUAGAGCAUACGUGACUAAUGUAUAAUAAUUUAACUCAAUUUUUUAUUUACAUGAUUAGUACAUAUCGCGCGUUAUUAAAAUCGUUGAAUAGUUGUCCGUUUUCAAGCGUUUUUUGCGCUAAAUGACUAAUCAAUAAAUUGUAUUUCUUUUUCCUCCAA